AUGGCAAUCACACUCUACUCCAUCACCAUCCCCAUCUUCCUCAAGAACCUACGAACCCUGCAAAAGCUCCUUGCAAAGGGAACGGCGCACGCGAAGGAUGGCGGGAAUGAACUUACAGAGGAGAAGCUAGUCGGGUCGAGAUUGAUUGCUGAUAUGGGCGAUCUGGUGUAUCAGAUCCAGCGCAUCUCCGACACCUCUAAGGGCUUCUGCGUCCGCGUCGCCAAGAUCGAAGCCGUCGCGCUGGAAGACAACGAGAAGACGAUGGAGGAUCUGCAGACGCGGAUUGCUAAGACGAUUGAGAUUUUGGAGGGGGUAAAGGAGGAGGAUAUUAAUGGGAAGGAGGAGGAGGAGGUUAUUCUUAAGACGAGGACGGCGGAGUUGAAGUUUACGGGGUUUUCCUACGCCACUCAAUUCGCCCUCCCGAACUUCUUCUUCCAUUUCGUUACGGCGUAUGGGCUUCUUAGGAAGGAGGGUGUGGAGAUUGGCAAGAGUGACUACAUGGGAAGGGGAUAG